AUCUAUCAUCAAAGGUCGCAAUUACAGAUCUGCCUGCCAGUCAAGCAUGGCUUUAACUCUACGUCUCGCGAUCCUGGUGCUAUCCGCACUCUUUAGCAGCUCGAAGUCCACCGAAAUUGACGUGAACGGCAUCGCAAUCGGCAAUUUCCAAGCAGCAAGUGGCAGUCUCGACGACGUCGAAGUCCUGAUCCAGGAAGAGGCGCAGGUGGUCAACACGUUGAUUGAGCUGGACAAACAACUCGACGAAGCCCUAAAUCAACUAUCCAGUACCAGUGGAGCUUUAGAGGUCGAUGUGGUGGUCGGACGAUUGGGUGGUUCGACCAGCGGCUCGAAGUUUUGGGUCGCUAAUGAGAUUAUUGUCGAAAUUCCAGAUUCCAGACUUUCGGAGGAGAAAAAAGACGAGAUCAAAGCGGAAAUCGAGAGCGCCGUGGCAGGCACUUUAGAUGCAAUGAUUAUUGAUGAGGUUGUGACGCCUCCGAAGGUGGAGAGAGAAGGUGGAGAGGCUUUUAAUGAUAAAAUUGAACGUUUCUUUGAGGAGGAAGCGGAGGCUGAGAAGGAGCUCGAUGAGAUGAAACAGGGGCUGGACAAGGCACUAAGUAAGCUGCCGAAUGAAGGCUCAUUGGCAGAGAUCGACAUCGUGGUGACUCAGACGGACGGUGAGAAUGAGGUCGUAGAGGAUGAGAUCAUUGUCAUCAUCCCAGCGUCGACGGGUAGUGGACCGAGACUUACUGAGGAUAAGAAAGAGGAAUUGGAAGGAGAAAUCGCAAUGGAAGCUGCAGAUGCGUUGGGAAGGAUCAUAUUGGACGAGUUUAUGGACGAUCAAGUGCCUCAAACUACUGAAGUGGCGGGUGUACAGCUGCCAGACGCCCCUGAACGUGCUUCAGUUCCGUUCGCAGAGAAGGCCAUACAAGCUGCUUGGUACGCUCAGUCUGAGGAGAAGCCAGCUCUUCGUGGAGCUGCAACUACGACCCAUACCGGCUUCGAGCACCCGAUGUUCGUGCCCCACCACUGGCAAAGAUACAACGACCAGCUGUGGACGAUGAAGCUGUCCAUGCUCGCGUCGAUGUCGUGUCUGACGCUACUGCUCAUUGUGGGCGUCUGGACGGGAGUUCGCCGCUCUCGCCGCCACGUCCUCGACGACAGCCACUUCCGCUGGGCCGAGGCCGUCGAGUACAUGGAUGCAUUUCACUAUGAUCAGUAAGAGGAGGAAGAUGUUACUCAGAGUGUUUGUCCUUCAAUCAGAGUGCUGGUACAAUAGUUGAAGUUGUCAAGAGUGAUGGUCACUUCAACAUUAAAUAUAGCAGGGUUAUUGCCAAUAAACACGCGCACUUGAGAUCUGUAGCACAUAA